AUGAGUUUUGAUAUUCCUACCGUCGCCGAAAUCCAGCUCGCUGCCGAGAGAGGGCAGCGCAUAACGCAGGAUGAUGUUUCGGCCAUCGCGCAGGCUGAAAGUGCGCUGACUGGACGCGGACCUUCUCGGGGUGGACCAGCUGCGACGGCUCAAAGUCUUUCUAUGCGGCAAAUGAAUUUCGAAAGCAAGGUCGCAGAGGUAUCGCGGAAACCAUCAAGCGCGAUCUCAAUAGAAGACGCCAAAGAAAUCCAAGCUACAGAGGGACGUGCAUUUAACCAACCACCCGGAGUCGGCUAUAUUUCCGCUCAAGUUCGGUCGAUCGCUGACAGUAACGACGCUUUGGGACUCACAGCUGUGGCUGAUGUGCCUGCAUAUAUCACCAAGGAUGAUGCCCGUGACGCACAACAUGCCGAGGCCACUGUUUAUGGCGGUCAGAAUCCUCGGGGAGGAAUGGCAGCUCAGAUGCAGGCAAGUGGGGAUGUUGAGCUUUGUGGUGAUGGUAGCUGA